AUGAGGGCUGCCCCCUCCAUGGUGGGGACCUCUGGGACGGCCAGCCAGGGUGGCAUGGUGCACAGCCUGCAGGAGCUGCGGCGAAGCGCAUCCCUGGCCACCAAGGUCUUUGUGCAGCGGGAUUACAGUGAUGGGACUACGUGCCAGUUCCAGACGAAGUUCCCCCCUGAGCUGGAGAGCCGGAUCGAGCGGCAGCUCUUCGAGGAAACAGUGAAAACCCUUAAUGGCUUCUACGCUGAGGCAGAGAAGAUUGGGGGCAGCUCAUACCUGGAGGGCUGCCUGGCCUGUGCCACUGCCUAUUUCAUCUUCCUCUGCAUGGAGACACACUAUGAGAAGGUCCUGAAGAAGAUCUCCAAGUACAUCCAGGAGCAGAACGAGAAGAUCUAUGCGCCACGGGGGCUGCUGCUUACCGACCCUCUGGAGCGUGGCAUGAGGGUUAUCGAGAUCUCCAUCUACGAGGACCGGUGCAGCAGUGGCAGUUCCAGCAGCGGCAGCUCCAGCACCAGCAGUGGUGGUGGCGGGGCGGGGGGCCGGUGACUGGCAGGGAGUCCCUGCAGGGACUCGUACUGCCGGGACAGUGGCCUCUCCGAGCUCCGCAGGCUGCACUACCAGAGCACCCGCUUCUGAGCCCAGGGCAGGUGGGAGGGGGAGGCUAGGGGCUGCCCAGCGGGGCUGCCCACCCCCCUCUGCUCUGUGCACCCCACAGUGGCUCUGCCCCUGCUUAGACCCACUGCAGGCAUGGGCUGGUGCUGGGGCAUCCCAGAUGCUUCUCACUGAGCCAAACUGGUGCCAAGGGGCUUCCGCAGCCCUCCGGGUGCUUUGCGCUGCUGCCCUGCCCCAA